UGAUGAUAAGUUUCUCCCGAUUACCUGGAAACCAGUUGUUAGUUUCACGUUGAGAAGGUAAGUUAACAUUUACCUUUACCUGAGUUAAGAUCAAUCGUAUUUUUUAAACAAUCAGUUUACAAUCAAAUCAAAAUAAUGUUGACAAUUUAAGACGUUUUUUAAUCAACAGUCAAUUAUUUGUGUGUUCAUAUGUUAACAAAUGUUGUGUUUCAAACAAUUAUUAGUGGAUUAGUUUAUUGUGUUUGUGUUUUACUUUUCGGCGAAAUUAUUUCAACUUCAAAUCACAACAAUCAACAGUUUCUGAUCGGAUCAAAGGAAUUAAAAUCUUUAUAAACAAUUUGGAAACUUCCUAAUCCCACAAAGAAUCAAAUCAUUGGUCAAAUUUUGGCCACAAUCUGAAUUGGUUCCGAUUGACCAUAACUACAAAAGGAAAAUUAUUUAUAUGAAAAUUAUUAUUAUUAAUUAUUCGACUUGAAUAAUAUUAACCUGAUUAUCCGAAUCAUGGAAGAACCUUUAACUCCACGAGAAUUUCUAUCUCGAUAUAAUUUACCUCAAUUGGUUCGUAUUCAUGAAGCUCAUCGAGUUUCCCUGGACUCGACACUUUCCUCUGAUUGUUCCAGUUUGAAAAGAGCUCGAUCGACAAUUAACUCAUUGGAAUUGAGUGAAUCAUCAUCUGGAUCAUGUUCAUCAACUUCAACCAUGACAAGCGAAUCCUUGAAUUGUUCAGACUCAUCAGGAAUCGGUAGAUCAUCAAGACAUCGACAAAUACCGACAAAAAUGCCCGAAAGAAACAAUAAUCAUCACAAUUAUCAUCUAAAUCAACACCGUAAUCACAACAAUCAUCUUGUUAACAAUAACAAUCAUAACGGUAAACACAAACGGAUGACAAUCAACGGAGCAAUUGGACUGAAUAAAUUAACUACAUCAACCUCAUCACCAGGAAUAAUCAAUUUCUCCUCCAACAACACCAAUAAAAAGCAAAGUGUCAAAACGAUCUGUGGUAUUAAUCAACUUAUCAAAUCGUCUAGUGAUCAAACCAAACAAUCAGUUAAUUGUGAAGAACUGGAUCUUGAUCAACCCUUCCUACUUUACAAGGCAUAUACGAGUAGGCAAGUUAUUGGUUACACUGUUUCUCCCGAUUCAUCAUUUGAUUCAAAUUACUUCAAAAAGGUUGGACCCAAUUUAUUGAUUCCUGAAGGUUAUAGAGGUUGGUUCUCUCUCGUCAAUAGUAAAGGACACACAGCAGGUUAUUUUAAUUCUAUCGAUGAAGUUGGUCGAGCUCAUGUUCCGUACUUUUUGACUCGAGAUGCGAUUCGAGGAUAUAAAGCACCUCGAUUCGCUGUAUUAGCCGAAACACCAACUCGCGUAACCUCACUAAUUGCUGUUAAAGGUAAUUCAAAUUAUGAGCCCAUUACCAUUGAAGGAGGAACCGUAUUGAGAUUUGUUGGCGUUUAUGAAGAUAUAAGCGCUUUUAUCUUGUCAAAUGGUAAACCAAAAAGUUCAUUAAGGUUCAAGAAAAAUAUGCCAACACCAUUGGAACAUGGUCCUAGAUACGCCAAGUGCAUUAGAUUUGGUUCAGUCCCCGGCGGUGAGAUUUUAUUUGUACCCAUAACCGAGACUGGAAGGUUCUAUGUGAUGGCUAAACGAUCGAGUGAAUUAAGUUACAAUCAUGUUUACUCAUUUUCUCAAUUACUCCGAUUCGUUAAAUUACCGGUAACUGUUCAAUUAGUAACUGGUCCUAGACCUCGUAAUUAUCCUAAUUGUGAUAUUUUCCAACCAAAUUUACCGACUAAUUUCAGUGCUGUCCUGAGAUUAGAGGAGAUUCGGGUUCGAGAUGUUAUUCUUGGCUGUACUUUAAGAUCACAAUCGGCAAUUAAUGGUAACAACUCUGAUCGAAGUAGCGCUUUAUCGUCAAUACGACGAACUUGGAGAGGAGGAAAUCGAUCGGCAAUUAAUAAGACCGAAGAUAAGCCGACACUCCUUGAGUUUGAUCUUGAUUCGGGCUUCUCGUUUUACCGAACUUUUGUCGAAAGAAAUGGAACCUUAAGUAGUCGAAAGAUUCCCGAACUUGUUAUCCAAAGGAUCGGCUAUUGUGAUACUGAGGCUGAUUCAUGGAGACGGCAAAUCAAACUGGCUCAUGAUAUUGUCACCAAAGAUUCAGUAAUUAAUCAACAACCAACUUUACCAUGUUAUCGAAAGUCAAGAAAAUCGCUAUUCGAUUCAGGUGUAAUUCCAGACUCACUACCCAAUUGUGAGAUUGAUAAAAUGGCCUCGAUUGGAUCUCGAACUUCAUCUGGAGUUUCUACUGUUUCUAGAUUGUCGAAAAUUAUUCAAAAGUUUUGGUCUCCAUUGAAAAAAGGUUCAACCGUUUCCGGAUUUCGAAGUAAAAACGAUCGACUUGAAGACUUGGAUGUUGUUGAAUUUGAUGAUAUUGAUGAGGAAGAAACAAAUUGUGGCGAAGAAAUUAACUGUAAAAAAGUUAAUUCCAAUGGAAUUAAAGAAAAUACUAACCAAAAUCGUUCGAAACCAAUUGUUGCCGAUCAACAUCAUUACGAAACAUUGAAAAAAGUUGAUGAGGUUAAAUAUUUUCCGCCGAAGCAAAAAUUGACCCGUAAACAAACACUGGACGUUAUAUUUACCGAUAUUGAAGUUUCAUCGAUUGAUAAAAAUCGAACACCAUCAAAAUCAACAAUUCCAACACCAAGUUCAGAGGAUGAACCAGCUUAUUCAACAAUUGAAUAAAUUAUUGAGAGAAUAUAAAAAAAAGAGAAAACUUAAUUAACCUAAUUGUAAACACCUUUCGUCUAGUCUGUAAAAUUGUGAUACUUAUUUCGAUAACUUUAAACUAUUGUUAAUACACUGUAAUGUUGUUAAAUGUAUUUUUCCAUCUUCAUAUUCAUUAAAAUAUCAAACAAAAA